GUCACGCAUUCGUCUCGAAGAACUUCACAUUUCAGUUUUCUUCCUUAAAUCUGCGAAAGAAAAAGUCCGGUGAGAUAAAUGGACUACGAUUACAGAACCCGGUCCGGUCAAAUGCCGAACCACCGUCCCGCCACGUCAUCAGUGCCGUCUAGCCAUCCGAUGUACGGACCCCCGUCAUCGUCGUCCAUGUACCCGCGAGUGGGUCAACAGAGCCACGCGGCUGUUCCGCCCCCGUACGGCGGUAACGCAGGCCGUCCUCUUCCCCACCACCAAACGGCAAACCCCCCUUCGUCUUCCUCCUCGGGAUUGGGCAUUCGAGUUACUAUAAAACCGGAGUAUCGGAUCACUCCUCCGCCUCCAUUGUUAUUGCAAGUUGGAGAUAUACCGCGGAGCAAGUUCCAGUUUGAUUUUGAUCUGGAGAGGAAAGUCUUGGCUGAAUUAGAAAAGGAAACUCCGAAUUGGGCGAAGCUUGGGCUGGAAAACCUUCCACCACCGAGGGCUGUAGAACCACCAUCUCCUUCGGGUUCUAGCGCAGAUCCGGUUGUCAGCAAAUAUAUCGCUUCAGGGCUCAGCCGGGAAGCAGUCCCACUUGCAGUAGCAAAUCAUGGAGACAAUCCUACUAAGGUUCGAGAAUUUGUCAAUGCAUUCACCCUUCUCCGAGAGAUGGGAUUUUCACCAAACGCUGUUGCUGAAGCCCUAAUGAUGUAUGACAACAACACGGACAAGGCACUGGCACAUUUUCUCAACAAUCCAUCAUGAGAACGGUCGUUGAACGCUAUUCCUGUACUUACUCCAAUCUACACUGAUUGUACAGAACUGUCAUUAGGUUUCACAUACGGUGGUCAUUGUAAUUUGUCUGAAUUGUUUGUUACUGACCUUUUCAUACUGUUACUUUUAUUGGAGACCUUCGGACAAAAUUUUUCUGGCAAUAAAACAAGUAUAAGCACA